CCUUCAAUCGGCGUUCUAGGGUUUCUUCCUCCCGCUCCUGGGGUUUCGAUUCCUCUAGAGUUCCCUUUGUCCCCAUUUUAGGGUUAGGGUUCCUCUCUUCCUUCUUCUUCCUCCUCCGAAGCUUCUCCAGUGGCAUGGUGAUCCGCCUGCGCAAUCUGUAAAUGGCGGUCGCGGGCUUCGGGGCCGUCUGCAGGGCCCCCUUCUCCUACCGCGCUCCCCUCGUACUCUCUUUCCGCCGUGACCCCCGCCGGAGCUUGGCCACCGCCCUCGACAUGGUGGCCGAGCCCGACUGUCUCUCCAACGACGAACAUCCUCCCCCCGCCUCCGCUCAGCCUUCUUCCCCUUCUCCUUCUCCUUCUCCUUCUCCUAAUCAAAGAGGUUGCGAGGGCGUGAAAGGGCCAGCGUGGAAGAAAAUGAGUUCCAAGGACCUCGGAAUUAAGACUUCGAUGAUAGCAAAGCCGACCAGAUCGGUUCUGAACGCUCUUAGAAAGAAAGGGUAUGAUGUAUACCUGGUGGGAGGUUGCGUGAGGGAUCUCAUUAUGAAAAGAACCCCAAAGGAUUUUGACAUUAUAACAUCAGCGGAGCUUAAAGAGGUUGAGAAGACAUUUUCAAGAUGUAACAUAGUUGGAAAACGGUUUCCCAUCUGCCAUGUGUAUUGCAAUAACUCCAUUGUGGAGGUUUCAAGUUUUAGCACCCCACUGAACAAGCCAAACCAUGACAUGACUUAUUCUUCCAGAAGACCAGACUGUGAUAAGCAAGAUUAUAUGCGGUGGAGAAACUGUCUUGGACGAGAUUUCACUAUAAACGGGUUGAUGUUUAAUCCAUUCUCAAAUUCUGUUUAUGACUACUUGGGUGGCAUGGAAGACCUAAAAAAAGCUAAAGUUCGAACUGUAAUUCCUGCUCACACUUCCUUCCAAGAGGAUUGUGCUCGCAUUCUACGUGCAAUUAGAAUUGCAGCUCGUUUAGGGUUUCGUUUUUCAAAAGAAACAGCAUAUUCUGUGAGGGAUCUUGCUAGCUCAGUUUUGGGACUUGACAAGGGAAGAAUUCUAAUGGAAAUGAAUUAUAUGCUUGCAUAUGGUUCAGCUGAAGCUUCUCUAAGGUUGCUUUGGAGAUUUGGGCUCCUGGAACUGUUGUUGCCAAUUCAGGCAGCAUAUUUUGUUUCACAAGGAUUUCGAAGGCGAGAUAAACGAUCUAAUAUGUUACUGACUUUGUUCUUCAACUUGGAUAAACUUCUUGCGCCUGACAGGCCAUGCCAUAACAGCUUAUGGGUUGGGUUGUUAGCAUUUCAUCAAGCACUGGUGCGUCAACCGCGAGAUCCUUUGGUUGUAGCCACGUUCACCCUUGCCCUUCAUAAUGGAGGAGAUUUGGCAGAAGCUGUGGAAAUAGCAAGGGCUAUCAACUAUCCACAUGAUGUUAGCUUUCCAGAACUGUUGCAGCCGCAAAGAUGGGAAAUGGAUGACGAAUUAGUUAAAGAGGUUGUGGAUCUUGCUUCUGCAGUCAAUGCUGCACUAAGUUCCAUGACAGAUGAGUAUUUUGUUUCAAAAGCAAUGGCAAAAUACCCUCGAGCUCCAUGCUCCGAUUUGGUAUUUAUCCCCCUGCAAGUUUAUUUGAGGGUUUGCCGGAUGCUUGAGUGUGUUGGACAUGGAGACAAGGACAAAAGCUUCAUUCCAAAGCAGGGUAAUAAGAUAAAUUAUUAUGCUCUGGUCCAAGGUGGACUGCCAGAGGUUCGACAUGUUUUUGCUAGGGUUGUUUUUGAUACUGUCUAUCCCCCUAACCUAGAAAACCAGAACUGUGAAAGUCCUGCAUGAAAUACCAUCAGCAGCAGAUCAGGUAUAGAGAUGAGCGUACUAUGUUUAAGACAGCCAUCUGAGUUAGAAGAUUGCAUUCUCGACCACAUACAGUCUGUUGCACAUGUCUCUUUGAAUUGUCUCGACAUUUGCUGGCUGCCUAAAAUGGCUAGUGUCAUGAGCAACAGAAGUGGUAGCUCACAAGAAAUUGCUUUCACUGGCCUGGAGUUCUCACAGGUCUCUUCGGGUUUUAUUAAGCUUGGGGUAUUUUGACAAUGGUGAUUUCACUGAACAUGUGGUUGGUGAUGGAUACACUGAUGCAACAUUGCCAGAGUGGAUACUGGACCUCUGGUUGAGUGGAAUUUUGGUUUCUAAUAACCAGCAGUCAAGUCUCAAAAGAUGUACCAUACAACAGUAUGUACAUGGCUGAGGCGCUUUGAGUUCAGGAUUCUUGGGCUCUCACCCGGUCAUUAUAUUGUUUUAUUAUUCAAUUCUGUACUGUUACUAGAGUUAUAUUAAAAAUUAUUUAUGACCUAUAGCAAAGGUUGUUAUUGGGCAUAGUAGAUCGUUCUUUUCAGCAUAUAAGCUUAUUAAAAUCUUUUUUCAUGUACUCAGAUACAUUCAUACAUUCUGCUGGUGACAUUUACUGCAUCAUACGUGUAACCUUAAGCCUUCUUUGGUUUGCUAAUAAAUUGGAGUAAACUUGAGACGCA